UUCUCGUUCGGUUGGCGGCCAUUGUUCCGCGGUGCAAUUUUAUAGACCUAAAUCACUGUCAAAACGUGUUAAUUCACUCUAAAAGUUAGUGCAAAGUGUAGCUUAAGCAAAAGUUUUAAACAAAAGUAUAUAUUUUCGAAGUUUGAUUCACUGUACCAAUGAUGAGCCGCGGUGGAAGAGGGUAUCCUCGUGGAGGUGGUACCCGAGGCGGGAGCUCGUACAGGGGUGGCGGUGGUUAUCGCGGAUCUGAUCAUAGCAGUAGCUACAACGGUCGGGACGGAUCACGUAACAGGUAUAGCGGAGGAGGCGGUGGAUCGUACGAUUCCCGCUCAUCGCGCUACGACAGUAAUCGGUAUUCCCGACAGGAUAAUCGUCCGGAGGGAACCUAUAAACGGAACGACUCCUAUAAGCAAGAUUCUCGGGAUCGUCGUUCACCGGAUCGCAAACGGCCACGCACGGAUCAUACAGCACAGGGAGGUCGUCGUGAUUACAGUACAGGUGGUGGUGGUAGCGGAGAUUAUCACCGUCGGGAUAGCAGCGGUGGCGGCCGCGGAGGCUCAUCCAGCCGGUAUCAUGAUAGCGGCAGCUCAUCCUACGAUAAACGUGGCAAUGAUCAUCAUUCAUCAGCAGGAGGUGGUGGCGGGGCUGGAAGCCGUGAUCGAUUCGAUAAUCGAAGCAGCAGUCGUGGACGAGGCAUUAGCAGCGCCGACAGAUCCAGAGAACCGAUGGGACCACCACGAUCGGUUGGUCCACGCAGCAGCAUUGGCCAGAGACCGCCCAUGAGGACUUCGAUGGGAACGCGGCCCAUGUCGUCGAUCUCGACAUACCGUCGAGGAACAAUGCGUGGUAGGAUUAAUAGUCAUUUCAGGAACGAUGGACGUCGGGGUAUGGUGACCAGCCGUUUCAACAACCGUCGUGAUCUGCGUGGAGCUCUUCCUUUGCGCCGUCGUUUUACCACUAUUCGUCAGCGGGAUGGUGGUCGCAUCGGGAUUGGAAAAGGAAUCGAUACAACACGAGUGUCCAGAAAGGCUCUCAUCAAGCGUGCACUCGAAGCCGCUAAGGAUCUGGAUGAUGAUCAUACAACAGAAAAUGAAGGAGACGACGACGAUGAGGACGUAGACGAUGAUAAGGACACCACAGGGGCUGAAGGCAAUGACAGCAAAAAGGAGCUGAAGGAAGGUGAAGAAGAUGAUGGAGAUAAAACGGAGAAGGAGGAAGAAGACGAGGAGGAAGACGAUGACGCUGAUAAGAAAACUGAAAAAGGUGAAGAUGAAAAGGAAGGCGAUGAAAAGGCCGACGAGUCUAAGGAUGGGGAAGAUGCUGAUGGUGAGAAAAAAGAGGGUACGGUCAGCCCUAAAAAAACUGUCAAAAAAUCGGUAUCUAAAACUGGCGAGAAGGCCGACGAAAAAGGUGUCGAGAAAAAGAAAAAGGAUACAAAAAUCACAACAAAAUAUCGAUCGUCAUCCUACAUCAAACUUAUCUGUUGCCAUUGUUCAACAAACUGUGUUACGUUUAAAGAAUAUCAUACGCAUCUGUUCCGUGGUUUGCACCGUGCAGCUAUGCGUCGCCUGGCUGGUAAAACUCGCGAUAAACUGAUGGAGAUGCGUCAGGCUCAACGUGUUGCCCAGAAGGAGGCCGAUCAGAGCACCGAAGAUGGUGGUGAGCAGAAGUCUUCUUACUGUGUACUUUGUCAGUUGAACUUCCGGCAGCCGAAGGCAGUACAUCAAAAAUCGGAUGGUCACAAAGAAAUGAAACGUUUUCUGAUGCCUUACUGUGCGACUUGCAAGAUUGGCUUCAAGAGCCCGAUGGCUUAUGAGGCACAUCGUGCUUCGUUAGAGCAUCUCAAGCUCAAAGCUCGCUACGAGCGUUACUCCAACAAGGAAGAGUCUGGCGAGGAUGGUGACGCCGAGCUCCGUUUGGAGAACUUUAUGACUGUGGAUGAAGUUGGAAAUGUUGAUGAACCGGCUGAUUGCAGCAAAGAGAGCACUUCAACACCGAAGAAAAGUGGAUUGACCGAGAACAGCUCCACUGGCCGACCAGGAACAGAUGAGGAGGAAGGCGACAGUGACGACGUUGACGAGGACACUGUUAUUGGAUCUGAACACGUUAAGAAAGUAGAAGUACAGUAUUGUGAUUUGUGCAACAUGUAUCUACCCCGUCGAGAAGAUCCCGAGAAGGUUCUACGAAUGCAUUGCAAGACUCGUUCACAUCUCCGAGUUUAUAUUCGCAAUCGUGAGGAUAAGAAAUUGAGAGAGCGAGCCGAGCGGAUUCAUAAGAAGAAGCUUUCGGAUGCUAAAACGAAACAAGAUGCCAAGAAAGACGCUUCUGAGGCGGAUACCAGUGAGACACAGGAUGUUAAAACAGAAAAGAAACCAGGCGAAGAGGGCGCAAACAAGGACACGACAACCGAUGAUCAGAUGUGGGAAGUUGUUGAUAAUGAUCUUGGCGAUUUACUGCGAGAAGUAAGCGGACCAGCUGAGGAUGGCGAGGAAGAGGAAGAUGACGAGAAAACCAGCUCAGAAAGAUACGAUAAAUUCAGACACACCGAAAAGAAUGGAUUAGAUAAAAACAUUCAUGAUAAUGCUGUUGAUGAGGAGGAUGCUUCCAACGCGGACAAGAAAGUAGGUGUGAAGAAAGCCACAAACGGCGAAGCAAACUGUGCAGACAAAGAAAUCAAGGUUGAAGCUUAAAAGUGACAAUUUUUACAGAAAUUUAUUGCAACCAGUAUCCAAACCGUAUUGGAUUGAUACGAAGAAGGUAGAAUUAAAUACCUUCACAUAUUUUAACUGUCAAACAUACCUUACUAAAUAGACUUUAGGAUCAGUGAACUGCUACACAUAGACAGUUAUAAACUUAAAGUAAUAAUAGCGAUUCGAAAUAACUAUCCAGCAAAAAUAAAUGCUAAAAUAAAA